GCUUUUUGCUACGCCAAUCAGCUGAGAGGUUACUUGGACGCCCUGCCAAAAUAAUACAGGCAGCAGGACGGAUCACUGGAAAUACAGUGUAGGAUAUUUAGAUUUUACAAUAGACAGGUUUUAUUAAUCAACUGACAGAUUUUUUAUUGUGUGUCCAAGAUAAGAGGCGUUGAGGCACGUAUCUUAAAACGUCGCUUAGACGAUGUAAUUCCACGGUACCGAUAGCUCCUGUUAGCUACCGUUAGCAAGGUGUCAGAUGCUAGCCGACUUAGCUAACGUCUGUGACAACCCGGCAGCUAGCGGACAAAGUUGGUUUGAAGAAGGUUUAUGGGUGCAUAAUACCGUUCAACUGUUGAAUAUUUUUGUAUUUUAGUUGUUAAUCAAGAAGGCAACCAACCGGAAACAUCAGAUGUGUUUAUCCGUUGGCAACGUAUCGUGGUUUAAAUUCAAGCUAGCAAAAGGACUUUGAGUUAGCUCAGCUGCUACAUAAACGACAACAUCCAUCAAGCUGGACAAAACGUUGGACUUAGUUGGGUUUAAAUCGGGCUCGGUGGGUUCGCUGACGCCUCAGAAGAAGAUGAAGAAGAGGAAGGAACUGAAUGCCUUGAUCGGGCUAGGGGACAGCAAGAGAAAGAAGACCAAGAAGGGGACUGGUCACCGACUUCUCCGAACCGAACCGCCGGACUCUGAGUCCGACUCUAGCUCAGACGACGAUGAGUUCAACAACCUGAGCAGUGGAGCUAAUUUUGGGAAAAGAAGCUACACGCAGUGCUGCAAUGUGUGCUACCCCUUGUUUCUGUUCAUCAUACUAGCUGCCUGCGUUAUGGCCUGUGCUGGACUCAUAUGGAUGCAGAUUGCUCUGAAAGAAGAUUUAGACUCGCUGAAAGAAAAGCUGCAUAGCAUGGAGUCCAGCCAGAAAGUUUCAUCAAGUGAAAUACCAAAACUAAAUGAGGACCUGAAAAACAAGGAGAGAAAGCUUGACGACAUAGAAAACGGAGACAAGGGGUUGGGCAAGCUCUGGUCCAACCUAACAGAAAUAAACAGAAAGAUCAGUUUGCUGGACUCUGCUGUUAACCAUUUAAAGGUCAACUUGAAAUCAGCUGCUGACCUAAUCAGCCUUCCUACUACAGUUGAAGAGCUUCAGAAGAGUGUUGCUACAAUUGGCAGCACACUAACAAGUGUACAGCACGAUGUGAAGACAAUGCAGACUACUUUUGAGCAGCAGAAGAAAGAUGAAGAGUUGAAGAAGACAAUGGAAAUAGCAGACCUGAGAAAAGCAGUGGGUGAGGCAAACAAGACCGAGGAGCUGCGUCACACACAGACUGAUGGGCAGAUCCACAUCCUCCUCUCUAUGGUCGCAGAGCUUCAGCAGAGAGUGCUGUCGUUAGAGAACGGGUCAAAGCAAAGCUCAAAUGUGAAUGACGCAGCAGCAAUCACCAGUGAAAGUCCAGCAACAGAAGUCAUUCAAGAAGCUUCUACAACCAAAGCAACACCUGGGGAUGUGCAAGAGGUGUCUACCCCACUGACAGAGCCUCAUACAAGCAGACGCCCACGCUUUCUAACUCCCCACCGCGCUAAGAGAAAUGCUGAGACAACAUGCCCAAAGAGGGUGCUCCUGUCUGGUAUCGGUUCUCUGAAAGACUUGGAGGACAUCUACCAGCAGGCAGGCAUCGUGCGUAAUCCGCUUGGAUUGACCUACCGCAGCCUGAGGAAAAUAUUUCGAACAUCAACUCCCAAUGCUCGGACCAUGGAGUGUUUUGACAAUGACGGAGACAAGAGGUACUCCCUGAUGGAGCUUAGAGCUGCAGUAGGUUUGUGAGCACAUUAUCACUGACAGUAGUGAACAGUAUUGAAUACCCAGCAGGGUCGGGUGGUUUGAAGUUCCUGACCCUUUUCUGUAAUUGCUGCACUUUUGUGAACUGUAUAUUUAUCAUACUGAAUGUGGAACAGUGGUGCAGGCAUGCCCCAUUCUCACUCCACCCCCGUUUUGUCUCAUCACAAUCUAAUUCAUGAAACAUACACUGAGAUUUCUAAAAUAAGGACCUGUAUACAGUAUAUUCAGCUUCUAUUUUAGAACAUUUCUUGGAUUACAUGAAAUAGAAAAGUUGGAAGUGUUUAGAAUUAUUUUGAAUCCUGUUUUCCACCCUCAAUUUCCAGACUUCCGGUUUUCCUUCAGCUGUUUUCUGUUUUUAUUUUAUCGUCAGUCUGUUCCAUCUCAAUGGUGUAUUAAGCUUUUUGGAGGCUGUAAUGGUCUGCUCACUUCCCCACCCAUCAAAACUAACACCUGGUAAAACUCACCUGAACCUUAAUUAUAGAAUCUGAAAUAGAAUCUUAGGAAUGUUUACAAAUUAAUACUAGAAACUGCUUUUGUUUUUAGACAGAUGAUCCUAACUUAACUGAAACACACAGUUGAGAAUAAGAGUAUGUAAUUAUCUACGCUCUUUCCUAAGCUAACAACCGUUUCUGCGUUGUGGUUUUUCCUCAUUUAUUUUCAGUAAGUAAUUACCUUUAAUUGUGUUUAGUCUAUCUGUACAAUUGUUGAUUUUGGCAGCAUUCAGUUUAACAAGUUUUGAAGGGCUAUGAACACUUUCAUAAAGGGUUUUGAAAUAGUUACUCAUGAGGCAUAUGUAGCAAUAACAAAAUGACAUAGAUAUCGCUUAUUAAAAUUUGCAGUAGACAGAAAGCACACUUAGCUCACUAUAUUUUACAGGUAGUUAAAGCACUGACCAUCGCUACUUCAUUUUUAUGGGCCUCAUAAUGGUGUAUUUAGAUUACAAAUUGGUCAUACUUAAACAGUGUUGUACUCUGUAAAAAUGGUUUAAAUGUAUUCUCUCAAAUUAUUUUGUGAAGGGGUUAGUAGUUUUCUUUACAGUCUUAAUCUCAACAUUGUAUAUUUUUUAAAUAGUUCUGUUGUGCUUUGCAUGUUGCUUAUAAUGUAACAUGAACAAAUUAUUUAUAAACUUAACAUAGCCGACUUGUUUUUGCAGGACAAUGUAAAAGCUUUGACCAUAAUGACAUACUGUAUAUUUUGGGUCCAUGCUGCUGCUGUAAAUUGGGAUAUUUGAUGAAUGUGUUUUUGUGUGAGCACCAAUGAAUAAACACAAAGUUAAAGGUU